AUGCCGCCAUUGGUGGACAAGUUGACAGUAGGCUCUCGAGUGACGAUCGCUGCAGAUGCCGAGCUGCGAGGGACGAUCUCGAUCGGAUCGGGAUCCGUGGUGCAUCCACGCUGUACAGUGCUAGCUCUCUCCGGAGCCAUCGUCAUGGGCUCCAACAUCAUCAUCGAAGAGACGUGCGUCAUCGUGAACCGGUCAGGCCGAACGAUGAAGAUCGGCGACGACAACUUGUUCGAAGUGGGCUGCAGGAUCGAAGCGCUCAGUGUGGGCAACAAUUGCGUCUUUGAGCACAGGUGCAAGGUCGGUCCAGGCGUAAUCGUGGAUAGCUUUGUCACCGUCGGAGCUGCUUGCGCGAUAAUGGGCUAUCCGACCGUAGGUGAAUCCAACGCCAAAGAAGCCGCCGACAUUCUCAACGAGACUGCCGAGAUGGACGGUAUUGGUGGAGUCGCCGAAGCAGAUGACACAAACUUUUCACAGGCAGCCGCACCCAAGCCGGAUGAGGUUGUUCAAAAGAUUCCCGCGAAUGCGAUAGUGUGGGACGCAGGAGGCGACUGCAAAAUGAGACUUUGGAGCGGAAAUGGCGUCAGACAGCGAGAGGCUCUUCACGCAAAGCACCUAGAAUACCUUAGAGAGACCUUCGCCAAGGCGCACAAGCUCAAGGUCAUCGAUUGA